AUGUCAAAUACAAAUACAUCAUCACCACCAUUGACAGCAUCAACAGCAACAUGUUCAUUACCAAGAAUGAUAGAUACUGAUUGGAGAAUGGAUGUAAAGACAUCAUCAGAUGUAAUGAAUAGAAUGGCUGUACCAACUGUAUUAUUCAAGAUUGAGGUUUGUUAUUGUUUCAUCAUAAGAAUAUCAGCUAUCACACAUAUGUUUCAAGUACUUACACAUUCAUUGAUUGAUUCAUUCAUUCAGGUUGAGGAUUCACAAAAAAUCAAUGACCCAUCAUCAGUAGAUGAAAAGAAGACAAAGACUGUUAUAUUUGAAUUAAACAAACAAACUAUUAAUACAAUUUUAAUAUGGCUACAUACAUGGAUGUCAAAUAAUGGAUCAUUCGAAUAA